UAUAAUCUUACAGCAAACCAAACAUGAAGAAAAACAGUCUGGUAAAUCUUGAUAAACUUGUAGAAGACUUCUCGCACAUAGAAAUGAAAAUAUCAGAACUCCAUGGAAAAAAUAACCUUCUGAAUCUACAGUUGGACAAGACACACAAGUUACUGACAAUAAGCCAAUCAAAGGAAUUUUCGGCUAAAGAGGAAUGUGCAGCACUGCAAACUGUGAUUAAAGGUCUCCAACAAACAAUAGAAAACCAGUGUAAUUUGAGAGAUGAAAAUGAGACGCUGAAGAACACAGUCCAUAUUUUGGAAGAAAAAUUGAAGGCCCAUGAACAGGAACACAAAAAUAUGGUUGAUAGGCUCUUCAAACAAAUGGAAAGCAAGGCAGAGGAGUAUAAACGUGAACAAAGGAAGCUUCACUGUGACGUGAACAAAAAAUUAGAAGCCAAAGACGAAGAACAUAAGCAGCUAAUACUGAAGAAAGAUAUGGAGAUUUUAGAAAUAACUAGUAAACUGAGAGCUCAAGAAAAGGAAAAACAGAAUGAGAUAAUUAAACUGCAAAUAGAGUUUAAUGCUAAAAUAGCAAGGCUUCAAACCAAAACACCCAAACCAUAUCCAAGUCCAACGGCGUUACCUCAAACCAUUUUCAGAAGGAAACUUCAGCAUCUUGAAGAGGAGAAGAAUAAGGAGAUUGAAUUUCUCCGCAAUACCAUUAAGGAUUUAGAACAGAGACUUGGUAAAAGACAAGAUUCCCGCUUCAGAAGGCACCAGUUUUAAGAAUGAUAUGAAAAUGCUACACGCUGAGAAACAUAAAAGACAAGACCACAGUGGAUUGAUAGAAACUUUCUUUCCUUUAUUAAAAACAUUAUUUUUGGCUGCUCGUUCAUAAACUUUCUAGUUAUAUUCUAAACUACUUUCAUGCUUCUGUGUGUUCACCAUAAAGAUAUUCAGGUUUUGUAGGAGACUUGAUUUCCCUAAUAAACCAUCAUGAACAACGGCAAGCACAAUGUUAGCAUUUUCUUUCUGUUACAUGUUUUCUUUCACCUCUGAAUCCUCCAAACCUGGCAUACAAAAAUUGAAUUAUUUGCAAAAAAGAGGAAGUAAAUAAUAAGAGAAGUAUUAUACCAGUUUCAUUAUUCAGUUAUAAAAAUUAACAUAGACAAUUCACAGAUCAACAGAACUUGGAAAGCUUAAAUCUUACUUAAAUCUGUUCAGCAAAGAUGUUUCUUGCAUUGUUCCUUCAAUAAAAUAUCCUUCUACUUGCUCCACCUCACCCCAUGCACUCUUUCCAUUCCAAUUCCUAAUGGCUAUGAUCCUUAGCUCCAGAAAGACUGUCUAAAGAAAGCUACUUCAAAGACAUAUACAAUUACUGCUAAAAGCCCCAGCUACAUGAAUUUCUAAAAAUGUGCAGGUACACAGUCUGUUACUUUGAAGUCAGAAAUUCCAAUAAAUUCCUUUGUGGAUGAAAAUGCAUUAUCUGAAAUACUUUUCAUACUCAAGCUUUUAAUAAGCAACACAUUCUAUUGUGAAGUUUGAUCAUAAAGUGGCUUUAUAGUUUUUCAUGAAAAACAAA